AUGGAUGUUUCUCUAGACACCAACAUUCUCGAACAGCUCAACACCAGUGAGACCAAAGCCCUCCAUGAUAUAAGCGACAGUCUGAGUGCUUGCGGCGUCGGUCGUAUCGUCAAUCUUCCGCAAAUCAUCGUCGUUGGCGAUCAAUCCGCUGGCAAGUCGUCCGUUCUUGAGGCUAUUUCCCAUGUUCGCUUUCCGGUCCAAGGAAAUCUUUGCACAAGGUUUGCAACUGAGCUCAUUUUCAGGCGAGCUGACGAGACUCGCAUUGAUGUGAGCGUCAGAUUUGAAGACAGAUCGAAACCAGCAAAGAGAUUCCAGAGGGCUGGAUUUCGUGAGGAUGACUUGGGCGACAUCAUCACGGAAGCCAAAGAGUGCAUGGGCUUUGGCAAGGCCGGGAUGGAGUUCUCCAAGGACGUGCUCCGUCUAGAAAUCGAAGGGCCGAAGAUGUACCCACUGAGUCUCGUUGACCUUCCAGGAUUCUUCCAAGUUGCUACAGAAAACCAGUCAUUCGAUGGUAAAGAAACGGUCGACCAGCUUGUUGAGAGCUACAUGCGACAGAAGAACAGCAUUAUUCUGGUUGUUAUCACUGCGAACAACAACCUUGUCAAUCACUUAGCCCUCAAGAAAGCUAAGGACAUCGAUCCGGAACGCCGAAGAACCAUUGGCGUAAUCACGAAGCCUGAUCUGACUCGCCCGGGCUACGAUGCUGAGAAGGAAUACAUCAAGCUGGCCAAGAACCAGGAAGCCGUGCACAAGUUGCAGCUCGGGUGGCAUGUCUUGCGCAAUAGGGCUGAAGAUGAGAAUAGCUUAGAGGGUCGAGACCAGGUCGAAGAUACGUUCUUCAAAAAGGGUGCUUGGGCGACUAUUCCCUCCGAAAAUCGUGGCAUUGUGAGUUUGCGAAAGAAGCUCAGCCACGUGCUCUACAGUCACAUUCGCAACAGUCUGCCUGGAGUCAUUACAGACAUUGAAACGACGCUUAGAGAGCGACAAGAGGAACUUGAUCGUCUUGGAAAAUCUCGAUCCACUCAAGAGGACCUCAGGUCUUUUCUACUUGGCAUUGCCAGUGACUUUCAGCGACUCGCCAGGGAUGGCAUAUACGGCCGAUACAAUGACGAAUUCUUUGGUGGUUUACAAGACGAUGACCGAAAGUUGCGAGCACAACUGCGGAACUUUAGUCGAGCUUUUGACCACAUCCUUCAAACUAAGGGUUCGACUCAUGUCACCGUCUCAGAUGAUGACAGUGAUUCCGAUGAUGGCGAAAUUCCCGUGUACCUCGAAGAGUUUCUAGAACGUUACCCCUACAACCCUCCACAGCCGCAGAAGAUCACGAGACGCGAGCUUGCUGAGCAACUUGAGAAACAAGCCGCUGCUAACCAAGGGUUGGAGUUUCCAGGAACCCCUAACAAGGAUCUUGCCAUGCAGCUCUUCAAGCAACAAGCCGCACCGUGGAGAGGUAUUGCCGAGUCACAUGUCAAGUUGGUAACGACAGUUGCGAAGGCUUUUGUUGAUCAAGUCUUUGAGUACGUUGUUGGGUCUCCACGGACAAAUCGAACUACUGAGGCAAUCCUGUCAACCUGCGUCGACCCAUUCUUUGAUGAAAAGGAAAAAGAGCUUCAGAAGAAGAUCGAUGAGCUACUGAGGCCUUAUGUCCAAGGUUACGCACUUCCUCUUGACUUGGUGUUCUAUGACAUGAUGUCAAAAACCUCAGAUGAAAAGCUGGAGAGACGCAUCUCUGCUGUUCUGCAAGACAAGUAUCCCCACUUGCUUGAGAGUAACACAACAAAGACAGGAGAUGGGAGUAAGAAAGUUGACUCUAGGGCAAUUGCUCAAGAUAUCAAUGAGGAAGAUGAGCUCGAAGAUAAUCGAAUGAGUAAAGAAAGACUUGAGGAGUUGGCUGGCGAAUCGGAUGAUACAUCGUCUCGAAGAAAGAGCCUACAAGAGGAGGUCGAGAUCCUCAGACAGGGUUUGGCCCAAUGCCGGCGAUAUAAGCCAAGAGCAGUAACACCGUUACCUUCUACGGCAAACGAGCCUCAAGGCAGCGCCCCGACUACAUCUAAAGUAGCUCCUAUGGGGACCGGCAAGAAGACGAGUCCACCAAGUGUUAUCAACCCUCCUAAAGCUCAAUUUAAUGGCUGGACGACAAUCCCUGACUUGCCCAAAGCUAAAAGUCCCUUCAAGGCUGAGAAUUCCUUCAAUUUCUCGAAUGCUCCAGUGAAACCAUCAAGCCCAGCGCCAUCAGCAAAAAAGACUGCCGUGACCUUCGGAAGCGGCUCUGGGCUCUUUGAAUCGGGGCCCGCGCUUUCAUACCAGCCGGCCCCUUUUCAAUGGAACGGGUCUGCCGGUGCCAAGAAGUAG